AUGGUAACACGAUUCGCUAAUCAAGAAUUAUUAGAAAAGAUAACACUUCAUCCAGUCGGUUCAGAUGAUAUAUUCAAUUACAUAUCGAGAAAUGAAUUACCAGCAGAGGUAGGAGGGUCAGGAAAAUCGCAUAGUUUUUUCAACGAUGAACUGUACAACGACUUGGUCGAUAUUCGUGAUGAUUUUCUUGAGCAGAAUGAAGUAUUGAACAACCAAAUGAUGUAUGUGAAUCACAGACUUGAAGAAGAUGACGAAUAA